AUGGAGGAUAAAAAGAUGGAGGUCGACAGGGAGACGCAUGUCAUAACCAGUGAUCCGACUCCCCCUCCUACCGCGCCAUCCCCCACCAAGAACAGCAGCUCCCCCUCCAUCGCCGUCUUCCACGAUUGUCCUCGAGAGUGUCCGCAAGAGGAUCAUGUCAAGGUGGGGGGUGAAGCUCAACAAGAUAUCGACGACACCAAGUCCGACUCAUCAGAGCCUGAAUACUUCGACAUUCACGACGACGACAUGACUAGUCCCAUUGAAGCCCUGAGCGACUAUGGCCCUGGCGGCUUCCACCCCGUUCACUUAGGCGACACCCUUGGUCCUAUCUCCGACCCUUCCCGCUUUCGUGUCCUCCACAAGCUCGGCCACGGCGGCUUCGGCACUGUCUGGCUCUGUCGCGACACUCAGGACGGCAAACCCAAAGCGCUCAAGAUUCUUUCAGCUGAUGCAUCCGAAAAGGCGGCCAAGGCGUGUCCUGAUUUCAAGGCCCUACAACUUCUCACCCACUCCGUCUCCCACGAAGAGGGUCUCUCCCAGUGCUUCCCUCAUGCCCUCCGAGCUCAUGAGACCGCCCAAGACCUCCUCCGAAAAUACCACAUCGCUUUGCCCUAUGAGCACUUCUGGCUCCCCUACCAGCCCAACGGCUCGCACCUCUGUCUCAUCGCCCCCUUUCUUGGUCCCAACCUAGAGUCAUUCUGUGCCACCUACGGACACGUCACGGAUCUGGUCAAACAUGUGUGUUUCCAGCUUGUUGAGGCCAUGCACUUCUUGCACCAAAAGGGGCUAUGUCACGGGGAUUUCCGGCCAGCCAACAUUCUAUUCUGCCUGAACGAGGAAGUAGAGAGAAUGGGCGAUGAAGAGCUGGUGGACGCUUUGGGAGGCGUGCAGAUGGCGAAACUCACCAGAACCCCACUCGACAAGAACAACAAGGACGGAGCCAAGGAAGAAGAGAAGGAAUGGCCAAAAGAACUUCCUCGGUAUUUGGUCGGACAGGCGGACAUGUUCAAGUUGAUCCGUGGAGGAUGGUGUUCACCAAGCGUUGCCGUCAUCGAUUUUGGUGUGUCAUAUCCUGUCACCGAGCCAACUGGCAAAGGAACGGGAAUCCCGCUGGGCUACGCACCACCAGAGGAAGCAAUCACAGGCAAGAACCAAGAGGGCAAAGAGAAAACAUUGGUCAAGCUCGGACCAAAGAGCGAUGUCUGGUCUCUUGGCGUCACGCUUGCUGAGCUUGUGUUGGACUACUUCCCCUUUGCGGACUCCAGCGACAAGUUAUAUGGGGUCAAGAACAUGGAGCUGGUCAUGGGUCCUAUCCCAGAGCCCUUUCGCUCAGAAUUCAGGGAGUGGUACAAGGGAAUUUGGGGUCCAGAUGGGACUGCAUUACAGGAUGUCGUCAUGGUGACUGAUCCGGAGACGGGCAAGUCAGUCUUAAGCCCAUUAUCGUUUUCGAUCAAGCGGUGGAAAGAGGAAAAGGAGUACGCCAAAAAAGAGUCGGGCUACGAGGACCCGAUCAGGUCUAGAAUGUCGUUAGGAUUGGAAACGCUGCACACAAAGCGCAGCGGGGCUGCUAUUGAAGCUCAGUGGGCGAGGGACAAGACAAAAUUACCAAGUUAUACUUGGGAACAGACAGAGGAAGAGGAUGAGAUGGACGACGACCAGUUUCCUACGAAGAAAUUCGAUGACAUUGAGGUGUUUUCGGAUUUGCUUAGGAGCAUCUUCAAGUGGAUGCCGGAGGAUCGGGUGAGCACGGCCGAGAUCAUGGCUCAUCCGUGGUUCAAGGACCGUUACGCUCCCUCCAAGGACACGAAACGGGAAGGCGUGGUGUCAAGACUCUCUCAAGGCACAUUUGGUAUCAUCAACUUCAUGGUCGGAUUCCCUUUCAAAGCCGGUAAUUUCUUCUUCCGCGUGUUCUCGCGAGUGUUCGGCAAUUUUGCGAACCCCCUUUGGUUCUUGUAGAGGGGCCGCUCUUGUACCAACAGGAGCAACGAUCUUGAGGCUCAGUAAAGGACGUUGUUGAUAUGAUCAGGACCAAUAGUCAGGAGCCAGAAGAGGAACUGCUGGCUGGCAGGCAUGCAUGUAGCGAGGAGGAAUGCGCGGCCAUGGUGCCGCUGUGUAUAGGAACAAGAAAACCUAAGCAAAACAAAAAAAACAAAUCAAAACCCAA